UCAAACAUCCCCCUAGCAAGAUCCAAAGCUCAACGCAAUUCCUGACACGAGCUUCCUUCUACCUUUCCUCUCCUCCUACCAACUCUUUCACUCCACAACCACACAACAACCAUGUCUCUCCACGUUCCCAUGGCCCAUCGCUCCAGGGACCAGACCGGUGCCACCAAGGCCGUUAUCCUGGUCGGCGGUCCUUCUCGAGGAACCCGUUUCCGCCCUCUGUCUCUCGACCUGCCCAAGCCUCUGUUCGAAGUCGCCGGCCACCCCAUCAUCUGGCACUGCCUCUCCUCCGUCGCCCGUGUUCCCAACAAGCAGAUCCAGGAGGUCUACAUCAUCGGCUACUACGACGAGUCCGUCUUCCGCGACUUCAUCAAGGACUCUGCCAAGGAGUUCCCCGGCAUCACCAUCAAGUACCUGCGCGAGUACGAAGCUCUUGGAACCGCUGGUGGUCUCUACCACUUCCGUGAUGCUAUCCUCAAGGGCCGCCCCGAGCGCCUCUUUGUCCUCAACGCCGAUGUCUGCUGCUCUUUCCCUCUCGAUGAGAUGCUCAAGCUCUUCAACGACAAGGAUGCCGAGGCCGAUAUUCUCGGAACCCGAGUGAGCGACUAGGCUGCCACAAACUUUGGAUGCAUCGUCUCCGACUCUCACACACGCCGUGUUCUUCACCACGUCGAGAAGCCGAGUUCGCGCAUCAGCACCCUCAUCAUCUGUGGUGUCUACCUCUUCUCCACGGAGCAUCUUUCCCUUCCAUCCGAUCCGCCAUCAAGCGCCGCCUCGACCGCCCCUCUCGUCUUGUCUCGUACCCCUCUUCCGAUAACCUCGAGAACAGCUACAUCGCCCACAACGACGACGAUGAGGACGAGGAGAAGAAGCGCGAGGUUAUUCGCCUGGAGCAGGACAUCCUGUCCGACAUGGCCGACAGCAAGCAGUUCUACGUCUACGAGACCAAGGACUUUUGGCGCCAGAUCAAGACUGCUGGCUCCGCUGUUCCCGCCAACGCUCUCUACCUCCAGAAGGCUGCCCAGUCCGAAUCCAGCUCGGAGCUCGCUACCCCCAGCGCCAACAUCGUCCCUCCUGUUUUCAUUCACCCUACCGCCCAAGUCCACCCCACUGCCAAGCUCGGCCCCAACGUGAGCAUUGGACCCCGUGUCGUUGUUGGCGCUGGUGCCCGUGUCAAGGAGAGUAUCGUCCUCGAGGACUCCGAGAUCAAGCAUGACGCUUGUGUCCUCUACUCCAUCAUUGGAUGGGGUAGCCGCGUCGGUGCUUGGGCUCGUGUCGAGGGUACUCCUACCCCUGUCGGCAGCCACUCAACCAGCAUCGUCAAGAACGGUGUCAAGGUCCAGAGCAUCACCAUCCUGGGCAAAGACUGUGGCGUUGGCGAUGAAGUCCGUGUUCAAAACUGUGUCUGCUUGCCGUACAAGGAGCUGAAGAGGGAUGUUGUCAAUGAAGUCAUUAUGUAAGGAGAUAUUGUCUCUACUCUAGAUUAGAUCAGAUCAGUGCAAAAAGUUUGCGAUUGUUCCCGCAUGCUAGGCGUCGGAUAUCUACAAGCUGAGGCCAUCAAAUCGUAAUGGAGGAUGUAUAUAGGAGUAAUAUCCAGGAAACAAUAAACACGGUCUCUUUUGGACCGCUGAAGCGGGACGACUGGCGCCUUUUCAAGUAAGAAACACAAAUCCAGCAAUAGCUUUUAUUUUUGUCC